AGCAUAAUAGGGAUUGUAAUUGGCAAAACAGAUGUCAAAGGAUUUCCAGACAGAAAAAGUUAAGCCUGUUUCAUUACUUUUGGAGAGUUUUAAGAAAUGCGUGCCACUGUGAAUUUUUAUUGGCUUCGAGCAAUACAAAUGGUUAAUGUUAAUUUGUACCUGCAAAUUACUUAAUUCUUACAAAAAUGUAUACUCAGAUUUAGUCUUAAUUAAGGGAUUCUUUAAUUAACCCCAAAGAGAAUAAUUGGACAUUUUUGCCAUGAGACAAGUUAAUUGGAGAUUCAGGAAUAAUAACACAUUUAUAGCAUCCCACUGUGGUAGAUAUAGAAUAGACCAUUAAAUUAAUGUUAAUUUAUAUAUCUCAAAUUAUACUUAUGUUUAUAGUACUGUUGGCCUACACAUUGAACUAAAAUUGUAAGACUAAAUUCACUUGGGCAAAUGGAAUAUAUAUGUAGGCAUUCGACACUAAGCACAAAAUGACUGACCCACUAUUCCAUGUUCCCGUAGUACCUGGGAUUGUUGAGGCACAUAAGUCGCAUGUACAUGCUUGGUGAAUUUUUAAGAUUAAAAAAAAUUUGGAUUUUGGGAAGUUAAGAAUAUACUGUAAGGUAACGUCUACAUGAGUCUGAUAGAAACAAGAAAAAUAUAUUUCCUUUCAAUACUUGAUGAAUGGAUUAUUAUAUUAAAAAUAUUUUUGAGGUGACAGUUGUCCUUUAAGAAUUUUUUAUUUUUUUUGUUCCCACUAGGUCUAGUGCAGUUAAUUGUUUCCAUUCUUAUAGGUUUCUAUGGGUAAACUUUUUAGCAAUUUGUAGGUAGUUUAAGUCAGCAGUCAUGACUAGUAUAGGGUAGCAUUACAUAACAAAAUUCACAAUAAUUUUAUUAGAAUUCCUUUUACGUAUACAUAAAUUCUCACUAUACUGAGUGAGUACUAAUUGUUUUAAAGGUCUGGUUUGGGUAGUUGUCCACUCAAGUCUUAAAUUAGACUUAAAAAAAAUAGACUCACUAUGGUUAUUACUUUGGGGGCCCGUGCAAUCAGUAUAUCAAGAUUGGUCCACCCUGGAAAAGUUCAAAGCUGAAAUUCAAAGAAGGUCCCAUAGCAUGAGAAAUAUAGCAUCCCCAGACAAUUGUUUUGCUCUCUUGUAUGCUUUUUUAGUAAGGUACGGGUGAUACCACUUUAGGCACAAUAAACAAAGGUUCCAGAUAGCCUAUCAUUUUGUAGUUUUUGGUUUACAGUAAAAAAAUUAAAUUAAAUAAAAUUCCCUAUGGUUUUUUCAAUAUUAUUUGCAUAGAUGUUGGAUCUGAAAGGUACACAUUCAGUUUCACCAUAAGGGAUUCACCAGACUACUUUAUAAAUGCAUCUUCCUGGGGACGAGGGGAAUACAUAAAAUCUCUUGCUGAAAGUUUCAGAAUUGGCGAUUGUGGUAAGUUACAUUAUGUUCCUCAAUAUUUAAUUAAUUAAUUAAACUUUUGCAGUUUUGUUGUACUGAGAUGAACCACACAAAAUGAAUUUCAAACUAAAAGAAACAUAGAGCUUUAUCUGUGACUAUUAUAACAUAAAUUAUUUUAUCUAUCUAUGCUCAAUAUACAGAUAACAUCUGCUAACUUAUCCUCUCUUUGUAAAUGGAUUGAAAUUAAAUCUCUUGCCUGACAAUUUUCAGUAUAAAAAAAUGUCUACUAAUUGUUUUAGUUUGAAAGUGAUCCCUAUCCUCCCAUGUAGUGAAGUCUGAACACAAUUCAGCAAUGCAAUAAUGCCUGUUUAAGAGUGGGUGUCCUUGUGUGAUGGGAACCUUGACCAUUAGCUCCAUUUGACAGGGGUUGGAAAGGGUAAUCCCAGCAUUGUUAUGAUUUAAGCAACUGUUUCAGGAUAUGGGCAGGAGUAUUAAUUUUUGACACAAAAUAAUACAAUAAUUAAACAAUGUAUUAUUAUUGCCUAUUAACAUUGAUAUCGCUGUUUCUUAAAAAGACUGUUUGCACCAUUUGUAUUGAAGUGCUUAAAGAUACACUGCAGACACUGAAAGGGGUUUACUGCAUGCCUAUCUUGUUUCAACUCAUAAAAGUGCUGAUUCCAUGUUUAAUAGCAAGGAGAGAUUUGAUAGGGAAACUUUAAAGAAGCAUUCUGUUGGGAAAUUGCCUCGACCUUCACAUUUGAUAAGCGUAUGCAUAGCAAUUGCCAUGCAUGCGCCAAUUUCAUCCAGACAUAAAAGGGAGACUUUCAUCACUGGCAGUCUUGCAGGGAAAUUUAGGUUUAAAAAAAUUUGUAUUAAGGGUGUGCCUAGCAUAGAUAGGGUUCAAGGAGCACUCCAAACUUUGAAACCAAAUAUAGUUUUGUAACGUUAGAGUGUUUUUUUAACCCCUUAAGGACACAUGACAUGUGUGACAUGUCAUGAUUCCCUUUUAUUCCAGAAGUUUGGUCCUUAAGCGGUUAAAUAAGGAUGGUAGAAAUAUUAUAUAUAUAUAUAUAUAUAUAUAUAUAUAUAUUUAAAAAGAAAUCUACUUACAGCUACCCAAAUGUAGAAUAUAGCUAGGUGCUACCUGCAUUCGAAAUAUAUAUAUAAAACAAAUAUCCAGGGUGCACUCACAGAAAUUUCACUUGUGCUUUUAAUUAAAAAAAAAAUAAGUCGAUUGGUAGAUAUAGUUGUCUUUUAAUUAAAACCACAAGUGAAGUUUACAAAGUAAGUGCACCCUGGAUAUUAUGUGUGUGUGUGUGUGUGUGUGAGUGCACCCUGGAUAGACACAAACACACACUGAUACACAGACACACAUUGACACACAUCUGGAUACACAGACACACUGACACAAAUACAGAUACAAACACUGACAUACAUACAUAUAAACAGGUAUUGACAUGCAGAUACACAGACACACAAUGACACUCAUACAGAUACAGAUACUGACACACAUACAGAUACACAGACACACACAUAUACACAGGGGCACACAUUGACACUUAAAUUCACAUACAGGCACACAGAUACAUUGACUCACAGAUACACAUACAGACGACACACAGAUAGUUACACGGACACAUAGAUAUACAUACAGAUAACUACACAGAUACACAUACAGACACACAGAUAGGUACACAGGCACAUAGAUACGUACAUAGCCACAGAUAGAUACACAGACACGCAUGCACAAAAAUACAUAUAUAUACACACACACACAGACACAGAUAAACAGACACAAAAAAAUACAAAUACAGACACACAUGCAAAAUGGGCACAUAUUAAGCCACUUUCCUGUUUCAUACCUUUUGGAUGCAGGGGGUGUCCUACAUGGGGUCUAGUCUGCUGGCUGUUAGGAGUCAAAGGCUCUUGCAAUCUGCACCCCCCCCCCACCCCCCCUGUAGUUUGUUAGCUGGGAGGAUGUGACCGGUUUUCACUUCCUCCCUGCUAUUAUUAAAGGAGCCUGUUUGUACCACUAACUAAAGACACUUUGCCAUCGGGUGGCCCUACAUGCACAGCACACUCGAUGAGUGCGCGUGCCCCGGUGCAGCGUUAGUUCCUCCGCUGGGUAAUAACAGGACAGUGAUUGUCCUGGGUUUAGUGUCAAGUCAGCAGCUCAACUCACACUGACACAACAAAUGCAAUUAAGUUGUGUUGCUGCCCCAAGAGUUCAUUUAAUGUUAUGGAAUAAGUCACAGGGGAUGUAAUGGAAUCAGCCAUUACUUCCAGUUUACAUUGCGAUUUCAGUUUAGUAAAAAACUGAGAUUCCCCAGGCCCAACUUUGAUUACCGAAUGCUCAGAACCAGCACUCUUCAAUUGAUCUUACCUUUAUCUUUUAAUUUAUUUAUUUAUGUAAUGAAUUGUUUAUUAUUAUUUUGAACUAGUGGUUAGUAUUGUGAUUUGUAAGUGUAUAUUAUACUGUACCAGCCUACCCAACCACUCCAUAUAAUAUCUAUACAUUCAAUAGUUUCAAACGUAUAUCAAAGAUCUUCCUUUAAAAUCAGUAGGAGAUGAGUUUUUUAUUGCUGAGGUUGGACUUUGCAGGAAGAGGAUCAGAGCAUGGUUAAAAAUGCAAGAUAAAUAAAUGCCACAGGCAUUAUGCACUGUAGCAUAUAUGUAUGGAUGUCAGUUAUAGGGUUAAUAGUGGGGUUAAAAAUCCUGUCAGACUGUUCGGUAGAUCUGACGAAUGGUGCGGUUGGACCACCUCCUUCCGACUCCAUUUUGAUUGUUAUUUGUUGUGUUGUUUUUGUGUGCAAUAUAGGGGAAAAAAUCCUCAGAGAUAAGUUAUGAGGAUGGACUUGGUGGCAAAUGACAUGAAAGGCUGUCAGGUCAUCUAGGACUGACUGGCUAUUUGGUGAGGUUUAAUACAUAAAGUUUACAAAGUCUUAAGUCUGUUAUUUGGUUCAUUGUUUUCGUUUCAUUUGGUUCAUUGUUUUGAAGUUUAUGGUUGUUAUGCCCCCAUGAGCUUCAAAUAAAACACCACGGUCUAGCCCAUUAACAGUUAACAGUUUGUGUCUGUUUUGAUUGUGUGGUCUUUUUAUUGAGAUAUAUGCUAUUGCCUACCAUACAUAUACAUUAACUAAAAUAUUUUAUCUGUGUUAAAUAUUAUGUUAAUGGUGAUGAUCAGCCAACAGCAAUCAAAAAACAGACAUCAAUGUUACUUUGUUGUUUAAUGAUGGAAAUAUGUGUCCUUGUGCUUUUCUGUGUUGGAAAAGAAAAGUGCUUGGACUAUAGAUUCUUUGUUUAAAUGUGAAUAUUCACAUAAGCAUGUUAUAAUAAUUGUGUGUGUGCCAUUAUUUUCUUAAAAUAAGUACUGUUUGAAGAUCAUAUAAAUAAAUACACUAAUUACUAUAUAGAUAUAAACAAUCCAGAAAAGUUGAAAUAAAUAAAUUAUAUUUUAAAGUAUAUCUUAUUUUUCUGAAAUUUGUUUUGGUAAAUAUUUACUGGCUUUCUAAGCACAGAAUGCAUCAAGUACAAUAUUUACAAUUACAUGCAGAUAUGAAGAUAUUUCACAAAACGUUCAAAGGGUACACGACAGCCUGAUUUGUACUCUGCAGUUCAAUUUUACUUUGUUUAGACUGUAAUAAGUAAAUUUGUUUCAUUUGUGAAUGGUGUGGUUUAAUUAUGUCUAUUUAUCAUUUCUGAGCAUGCAAACUAUUCUGAAUCAUAUCCACUUUCUCUUAGUUAUAAUUGAAAAUCCUCUUGUGCAAACAAAAGACGUAGAAAGAGAAGAAAAAUUUAAUCCUUCGACACCAAGGUAAAUUAUAAGGUCCUUGCUCCUGGCUCUCAUAGGGACAGUAAAUGUUUCCGUUCACUUAACUUCAUUUGAAAAAAAAAUAUUUUAGAUUGAAAACAUAUGAAAUCUGUCCAUUGAGUGUAACAUGCUUAUAACAAUGUUUAAACAACAUCAGGAAUGAUAGAUCACAUCAUAUGUAAUGUGCUUUUACAGACUCUGAUCAGACAGUUUGUAUAACAUUUUGAUUGCACUAUUUUGACAGAAUACAUUGGUUACUUUUGUUAUAAGAGACAGCUUAGAAAAAGUCACUAUUUUGUUUUAGUUACUACAGGUUACUUAUAAGUGAAGUUCAUUCCUUGGUGAAGAUUUGUUCCAAACAUGAAGUGGAUAGCAAUCUUCUGUCCUUAUUGCACAUACCUACGAAGGAGCCACAAGAUUAUUAUUCUUUGGGUGACAUUGUUGCCAAUGGUCAGGGUCUAAAUGGGAAAAUUAUUAAUAUUCUUGCAGCAGUUAGAGCGGUAGGUUCAAAUUCACUUUAGAUAUAACAGUCAAUAGCAAUUUCAUCUCUCAUUCAGCAGUUUAUUUUGAACAAACAUUUGAAUAUACUAAAUAGGGUUCCAGGUACCAAGGUAUCCAAUGAGAUUUUAAUGAGUACUAAGAUUUACGCUUUGCAUGAGGAUGUCUAAAGUCUUGCAAACCCAUAUGGAAAAGCAUUGAUUUAAUGCUAUCCUAUGGGGAAGGCAUAAUGUGCUCUCCGUGCAUGCAUAUUAGGUUCCCCCCUUGCUGUGAUGUCUCUGUAGGAGGAGAGUGAUCCAGCACUGAUGGACCUCGAUGCUGGAAUCACAUAGGUCUAAAAAGGGUUUUUAACGCUUUCGUUGACUGGAGGGCAUUGACAUAGGGACACUGUAAUGUUAGGAAUACAGUUUUGUAUAGUUUGCAAAUCCUUUACAUAUAGGAAAGCAUAAUAGCUAUAUUUUGAAGAACAUAUGUUAUAAAAGGAUAUCAUUAUAUAUUUUAAAGUAAAUGGAAACUAUUGCUAAAAUACAGCUUACUCCUAUCCCACUGUAAAGGCCAAUCACAGGGUUAACAAUCUAGGAUGCCAGGCUGUAGAGGGAUUAUAUGAGCACAUCUAUUAGUGAGGGAAUAGGAACUGUAGUGAGGGCACAUGCUACUGCAGUUUUCUGUGACUGCUUGUGCCACUGAUGACCCUGGAUACACAUUGCCAGUGGUACAUGGAAACAUUCUUGUAUAGGUCAAACUGACACAUAUAUGAACAAGAUUACUUAGCUCUUUAUAUUGUUUAUUAUAAUGGCAGAUUUAACUGCAAACUAGCAUUAGAACAUUGUCUAAUGAUAUGUCAACUUUAAUAUCAGUUUUAAAAUGCAUGUAUACGUAUAUCAUUUGUUAACUAAUUAGGUUGGAGAAAUAAAGAAUUUUAUUACAUCUGAUAAAAGAAGAGGUCAGAGAUGUGAAGUGAAGCUGUUUGACGAGUUUGUGGUUUCAUUUGCAAUGAUAUGGUAAGCUGUAUUAUAUAUAGCAUUACAGGCAGUCUACGUACAAUGGCAUGAUAAAGCGUGUGCAUUAUGGAGCUUUUGCCCUGAGUGUUGCCAACAAUAUAAAGUAUUCACAUACUGAUAUAGUAGCACAUUGUCGACCCUUCACAUAUGGACAAUAUAAUUAGCAAUGUGAGAAAUUAUUGAAAACGUGUGAAUUUGUACACAUGUAAGGGAUAUGUAAAUUCCUUUGUCUACCCCACUCAUAAAACACACAAUUUUAGAGUUAGUUAGCUAAAACAGCUUGAGUGAAACACAAUUAUAUGUCAACAAACUUGAUUUUUUAAUCUGAUAUUUAAUUGAUUAAUUAAAGUGCCUCUGUCACAUUGCAGGAUUAUAUUAAUCCUUUUUGUUCCUCUGUUUCUCCUUCAGGUUUUUCAAUUCACCGUAGAUUUUCAGUUACACAUAAUGUUUUUUGACAAUAUUUUAGUGAUGUUAGGAGCUCAAGCAAAGUUCAUUUUAGCUGAUAAGCUAAUUUACCCACAAUCCAUCAGUCAAAAGACCUCCACAGAAGGGCAAAAUGUAGACAUUAUGGACAGAGGAGAACAAAAUGGAGUUGCCAGUAUUGAGAUUCAGCAUCAGCAGGAAAAGAUAUCAAUGUGAAUAAAGGCAAUUGGAAUUGGAGAGAGUACGAUCAUUAAAAAACAAAGGGCAUAAGGAAAGGAAAAUUUAAAGAAAAUCAAACACGACAGUGAUUUGAAGUGGUCAUGGUGCCUGGAGUCUCUAUGUGCAGCGUUUCACUUUGAAACACUGCACAUACGUAGACUAACCCUGUUAGUUAGCCCACUACUAAGACUGAGCACCUACCUUUAAAUACAAUUCUAGCUGGAAAAAAAUUGCUCUUCAGUGAUUAUAGCCCUUUCCCAAACACUAGACGACUCAUAGUGUAGGGUACAACAAUAACAACUGUUUAUUGUUACGAAGCAAUAACAAAAGGAGGUCAUCAACAGGCACCUAUGUGUCUGGGGGAUGAUUCAACUAAAUUCUGCUGACUUUAUUAAAUCCCUAGACAUCAGGACGCCGUAUACAUAAAUGAUACAUUCCCGAACAGAUCUCGUUCCCCCCAGUAAUGUGUCCAAAAAUAUAUACUUAGCCUGAGAAAUCAUCAAGUGAAGUUUGACUGGGCUGAAGCUACACCCUGAUAUGGUGCAAAGUUCCAGGCUACCACUACUAAGUGCUAGUCUUUGAAAAUGUCCUGUUAUGUCUUAGGAAAAGGGGGCUCCCCUGAUGCAGCCUCUGCCACAAACCCCUUAGAUGCCAGAAGUGUAACUCCACCUCCGGUAGAGUCAUAGAGGUGUGAUCAGCUCUAGCCUGGCUAAUGCCAAGUCUGUGCAAUUUUCAUUGUACAAAAAUUCAGUCAUUGGCUGAAAGCUGUCAGCUGAAACUCUCAGCCCAAGAAUGCCAACAGCAGCAGCAUCUAGCUUUUGCCAGAUGAGUGUCACAGGACUACCAGGGAGCACUGGAGCCUGUUAAGGAAGAAAACCAGUUGUAGUGGUUAUGAUGAUGCUUGGAGUAACACUUUAAGUUAUUUUCCACAAUACCAAUGUCACCUAAAAUUCUUGGAAUCCAUAGUCCAAAUUGUUUGCAAAUAUUAUUUACAUUUUGCUGGAUUCUGUUAUUAGAGUAAUUUUUCCAUCACUGACAAUCUAGAUGUCAAGACUGACUCAUAGAAUUACUAUUUUUAUCAUUAUUUUCCAUUUUCUAUCUUCAAAUUAGCUGGGAUAAUGAAUCCAUCCAAAUGGCUCAGUCUUGGAUCCCACGAGAAACUGGUAUGCUGUGCUUUAUUUGGUAUUUCCAUAUAUUUAAAUAUUGUUAAAAUUAAAUUCUUGAGUUUGUAUAUUAAUAACUUGACAUGAAUGAGUUCUUAAACCAGAAUGUAUGAUAUGAUAUAGAAUGUAUGAUAUAGAAUGUAUGAAAAAGGUACUAAAAAUAAUACUUCACCUGUAAUAAAACUCAUUAUGAAGACUCUCAUACAAAAUAACAUCCAAACAUAAGAGAUUUGCCCUUAAAAAAUAAAUGAAAUGCUUGUAUGAAAUGUAUAUUUAGCUUCAGAUCGUUAUCCAUGGAUCAUAUACAUAAAGUAGAGAAAAAUAAAACAAAAACAUAGUGAAAUAAUAUUUUGGAACUCAAACAUAUAUUAAGGAUACAAGACCUAUAGAGGGAUAAGCUGAGCUAUAUGUUUCUGAUACAAUUGGAAUAAUUAAAUAAAUGUUACAGAUAGUGAGACAAUGCUUGAUUAGCUCACCAUAUACCAUUUUUACAUAAUAAAGUGUGUAAUAAAUUUGAAUGAUUUUAAAGGAUCACUAUAGGGUCAGGAACACAAACAUGUAUUCUAGGCCCUAUAGUGUUAACACCACCAUCUAGCCUCCCUGGCCCCCUCAUGCCUCCAUAAAUAUAGCGAAAUCUUACUGUAUUCAAGCCUGAAGCUGUAACUCUGCAUGCUGUUAGACUCAGAAAAACAAGCAGUCUCCUGACAUCAUUAGAAGUGGUGGCCUGAUCCAAUCACAGUGCUUUCCCAUAGGAUUGGUUGAGACUGACAAAGAGGCAGAUCAGGGGCAGAGCCAGCACAAUUCAAACACAGUCCUGGCCAAUCAGCAUCUCCUCAUAGAGAUGAAUUGAAUCAAUGAAUCUCUAUGAGGAAAGUUCAGUGUCUGUGUGCAGAGGGAGGAGAUACUGAAUGUUUGGAUGCAUUUUAUGCAGCCAUGACCCAGGAAGGAUCUCUAACAGCCACUGAGUAGUGGCCAGUGAAGUUAUCACUAGGAUGUAAUGUAAACACUGCAUUUUUCUCUGAAAAGACAGUGUUUACAGCAAAAAGCCUGAAGGUAAUGAUUCUCCUCACCAGAACGAAUUCAAUAAGCUGUAGUUGUUCUGGUGACUAUAGUGUCCCUUUAAGUUAUCUGUAGUGCUGUGGGGAAUAUCUGAAUUGUGAGAGGGCUCCAACUCCUAGCAAGUUUGGACAGCAAGGCUAUUAUACUGAGGGUAAUAACAUGCUGGGAAGCGGCUCCUGAGAUUGUGAGUGGAAGAUUGAAUUAUAUUCACAUUUUUGCAGAUUAAAAUCAAAUGGCAAAACUGAGGCAAGCGUAACCUUGUUGUGACUAUGGCUAAACUAGAGAAUUUUUUUCAAAUCAGCUAUUUUUACCUUUAUUUUUCCAUUCAGCUUUAAUUCGCAAAAGAUUUUGUGAAUAACCCUGACCGAUUAUCAUACAUUAUUGCAUUGUAUUUAUUAUGUUUUUCUCUUUCGUAGCUACACGAUCAGUGGAAAAAUUUCUGAAGCAAAAUCUAUAUUGAAUAUAAGUAGUUCAUUAAUUUUAAAGAGCACAAGUUGCGUUCGUUUUAAUUUAUAUGAUUGGUGUUUUAUUUAAAUUAGCAGAAUAAUUUUUGUCUGUUAAGCAUUUUAUUGCCAUAAGAAGCACUGUGGUCUGGAGAAUGAAAUUAAUAAGAAAUACAAGACACAUGUAGAGAAUGAAUUAAAUGUCCAACUCAUUUGAAUUAUAAGCUGGUUUUGAUUGGCUGCUUGGAGUGUCACCCAGCAAAAAUACAGCUAGAAAUCUGAGUGAGUUGGUAUUGUACACGUAUUAUGGAAAACUAAUAUCAACUAUCAGGAUAAUUUACUAAAGUGAGAAUACAAAGUGAAUUCAAAUUUAAUGCCAGAGUAGCCAAUGGAUGGUAGUCAAGACUUACUGUAUAUCGUUUCUAUUAACUUAGGUCAGAUUCUAUUUCUAAUCUGUAAUUAAAGGUUAGUAAGGUAAAGAUUAAUUUGUAACUGAUGGUACGAACUAAAGGUUAUGUAACAGCGCUUAAAAAUUGUUCAGUGAUUAAUAUUAUGAAUUGUUUCUUCAUCUCCAGUCAUAUUUGCAGCCGACAUAAGAAUAAAUUAUGACACCUUCCGAAAUGCUAUGGUUGCAACAGUUGUGUCAAAAACUAUUUUCACGACAAAUCCAU